AUGACGCCCAGAAGCAACAAGUCGUUCGAGGAUCCCUUUCGAAUCCUCGUCUUCAGCAAGACGUCUGACUACCGCCACGAUUGCAUCUCCGCCGCCGUCUCGGCUCUGGAAUCCCUCGGCGCCCGUUCGGGGCUCUUCACCGUUGACGCAAGCGAGGACGCUGAGGCUUGCAUCACCCCGCGGUCCCUCGCCGCGUAUCGCACAAUCGUCUUCCUCCAUUGCACGGGGCCCUUUCUGAACGCCAAUCAGAUCGGCGCGCUGAGGGGCUACGUGCAAUCCGGCGGCGGCUUCGUCGGCGUGCACGCCGCCGCAGCUGGCCUUCUGGAGGAUGACUGGUACGGCAGGCUCAUCGGCGCGCACUUCGACCACCACCCGCCCCCUGAGGAGGCGGCGUGUGUGGUUGAGGAUCCGGGGCAUUUCGUUAUGAGGCGGGGCUUGGACCCCGGAAAGACAUUGACGGGAGCGGCCGAUGUGACCCGGAAACGAUGGACCGACGAGUGGUACAAUUUCCGGUCGCAUCCCAGGGAGAACAAGAAUCUCCAUAUCCUGAUCAGGGGGGACCCGUCAACCUUCGAGGGUGGCGCCAUGGGUGACGAUCACCCACUUGCAUGGUGCCAGGAAUUCGACGGCGGACGGUCAUUCUACUCGGCCCUGGGCCAUUUCGAGAAAUCCUACGAGGAUGAAUGGUUCAUGGACACGAUUUACAAUGCCAUUGUAUGGACUGCUCGUCGCGAGGAUGACGUACGACCAAAAUCGCCAUCGUCCUCUGUACGAUAA